AUGGAUCGACGUGAAGAAUACCGCGAGGACAUGAGCAGUCCCCGAAGCUAUGCCGAUAGCCAGUGGAGCCCACCUUCGCACUUCCAGGAACACAAUCAGAUAUACCCAGUCGAUGAUUCUUCACAACGCUACCCCAACUCGAACACCUCGCCAGCAGUCUCACCCCCACUACCAUAUGAACAAGAGUACCACCAGUCUCCACAGCCGCAGAACUACGAGGCAUACAAAGAAGGAGUGCCCGGCCAGUUCAGUCACUACCCUCAUGGAGGCCGACCAAUGUCACCUUCAUCGCAUGGAGGCACUACCAUCACGUCUCCAAACAUCCGGCCCUACGGUUUCAAAGAGCAUGUCGACUCGUAUGAGAGUUAUCAUGAACCUGCCCAUCCAGUGCCACCAAAAGACGAUCGAAGAUGUGGCAUGAAGAAGCGCACUUUCUUCAUCCUCAUUGGUCUCGGUGUUCUUGCACUCAUCGGUCUUGGCUUGGGACUCGGUCUGGGUUUGGGUCUAAGGAAGAAGGAGUCACAUAAGGACAUUGUUCAUCCUUUCUGUCGCGAUAACCCAGAAUCAUGCAUCGGCGGUUCUCUCAACGCCGAGUAUAUGUCGAAAAAGGGUGUAUUCAACGGCACUGGUAUCGCUCUAGCUGGAGAGUCGUGGAAUAAAGGCCAACGACGAAUCUUCACGCUCUACUUCCAGCAUCAUACAGGCGACAUCCGAUUCAUGCAAUAUACCACAGAUAGGCAAUGGAUUGGUGGAACCAAAGCUCAGACUGUGGCCAGUGAUGCAAAGGACGCAUCGCCCAUAUCCGCGGUCGCGUUCGCCAUCAAUGAAACCCAAUUUUUCCACAUCUUCUACAUUGACAAGAACAACACAGUCAAGCAACUGACGCAAACCAACGUCACCGACAUCUGGGAGCCCGGACCACUCAGCGACCUCAACCUCAAAGCAUUCGACUCGCCGACCACUGGGCUGCAGGCGUGCUGGAAGGGUGACUUCUAUGGUGACACUGACUUUACAGAAUUCCCCACCGCUUCUGGUCUAAAUAACACAGUCCCAUUUACAGGACGAAAGGGCAUGAACAUCUGGUACGCCAUCGACGAAUCGACGUUUCAGCAAUAUGCUUGGUACAGUGGCCAAGCGGAGGAAACCUGGAUCGCGACCGAUAAAUGGUCUGGUUUCAAUGGCCACGGCGGCGUCGGCUGCUACAGCUGGGGUGCUGGCUCCACAUCCUACGCCAUGCUGAACAACAAGGACAACGACGUCGAGUUCUGGUGGAAAGACACGAAUGAAAACCUCACGUCCACAGAAACCCAUCCCAUCAACUCGUGGCAAAACGCCACCAUGGGCACCAUACAGGACGUGUAUCCCAUCACGUCGCUGGGCUACACAACAUACUUUUACGCACAAAUGGCGGAUCGAAGUAUCAGAGGAUACAACGUUACGUACCAAGCCGAGAACACGACGUUCCUCGCAAACGAGACGUUUGCUAUUACUAAUCCCGCCGGCCCAGUACUUGGGCUUGGGGGUACACAUCUCACUGUCACUGCAUUUGCUGAGAAGCGUGGGGAGGAGACGGUGUGGGACAGCCUGUAUGUCUUUUAUCAGACGGAAGGCGAUGAUAUUACGGCUUUCACGCGAGGUAUGCUGGGCUUCCCUCCUGAUUCAAUGCUGUAG